AUGGGCAGUUUAAGUGCAGCGCACUUAUCUAAAGAUGAAGGUGCUACUGUAUACGGACUGAAAAAGGACGAACGAGCAUCGCUUGUAAGAGAACUGAACUCCUCACUUGGAAUGACAGCAGCUACAUCGUCAGACACAGAGAAAACGGUUCGAGUAACACAAAAAGGGUUAACCCUGGUGGUUGUUAAUAGAAUCCAUGGCUUGUUGGGUUAUGACGUCGUCUCACAUGCGAUGGCUAUGACGAAUAUGAAUAGAGAACUCGUCUCUUUCACUAUGUAUAAAAAAAGCAGCCAGAACGCGCAUGGCCACAGCCAUUCUUCGAGCUCACAUAAAUCUCAAACACAUGGCAAUGUUGUCACACUGUAG